AACCUCGGGGUGGCACGCGGGUAGGUAGGCUAGAGCUCAGAGGAGGGGGAGCAGAGCGUGCUGGUGUCUUUUUUUUUUUUUUUUUUCCUUCCCCGCGCAGCGCGUGAGUCUGCGGUUCGCUGGAGGUGCGGCGCUCAGGGCUUGGCUUGGCCUCCCUGGCGCGCGUGUGACUGCGGUGGGCGCCCUCCUCCUGCUCCUCCACGAGUUGGAGGAGUGUAGCGGGCGUGCGCCCCGGUUGCCGGGACGUGGGCUUGUGCUCGCCUUUUCCUUUUUAACGGUCGCCCCUCACGCACACACUCCAGUCCCCUGAGAGUUGGUCUUCGCGCUUCGGCGUGCCCCUCCUCACCCGGCCACUCCCACCGACCCCUGUUCCCUCUAGCUCCUGGUCUGGAGUCGGCUUCAUCCCUGGGGUCCCUGUUUGGGGGCGGAGAUGGCUGGCGGACGUCUGCUGUUGGGGGGCGACUUCCUGUCGCCGCCGCCGCUGCCCCCCCUCCCGCCGCCGCCGCUGCCGCCGCUCCCGCCGCCCCCGCCCGAGCCAGUGCUGGAGCAGUGGCGCUAUAGCCACGAAAGUGACUGGCAGUGGGCUCUGCGGCGCAGCUUCAUCUGUCGGCACCUGCACAGCUAUCCCGGGGCUGCCCUAGACCAGCUCCUUGCGCUCUCGGCUGCCUGGACCAACCACGUUUUCCUGGGCUGCAGGUACAGCCCACGCUUGAUGGAAAAAAUUCUCCAAAUGGCUGAAGGUAUUGAUAUUGGGGAGAUGCCAUCAUAUGACUUGAUGCUGUCCAAACCUUCCAAAGGUCAAAAACGUCACCUCUCAACAUGUGAUGGUCAAAAUCCUCCUAAAAAGCAAGCCGGUUCCAAAUGCCAUGUGAGACCUCGUUUUGAGCCUGUACAUUUUGUAGCUAGUAGUUCAAAAGAUGAAAGACAGGAAGAUCCUUAUGGCCCUCAAACAAAAGAGGCAAAUGAACAAACACAUUUUGCCAGCAUGCCAAGAGACAUCUACCAAGAUUAUACUCAAGACUCUUUCAGUAUACAAGAUGGGAAUUCUCAGUACUGUGAUUCAUCAGGAUUUAUUUUCACAAAAGACCAGCCUGUAACAGCCAACAUGUAUUUUGACAGUGGGAACCCUGCCCCCAGCAGCACAUCACAGCAGGCAAACUCUCAGUCAGCUCCUGAGCCUUCACCAUCACAGACAUUUCCUGAGUCAGUGGUGGCUGAGAAGCAGUAUUUUAUUGAAAAAUUAACAGCAACUAUCUGGAAGAACCUUUCUAAUCCAGAGAUGACUUCUGGAUCUGAUAAAAUUAAUUAUACAUACAUGUUAACUCGUUGUAUUCAGGCAUGUAAGACAAAUCCUGAAUAUAUAUACGCUCCUUUAAAAGAAAUCUCUCCUGCUGACAUCCCCAAAAAUAAGAAACUUCUAACAGAUGGUUAUGCUUGUGAAGUUAGAUGUCAAAAUAUCUACUUAACUACAGGUUAUGCUGGCAGCAAGAAUGGGUCCAGGGAUCGAGCUACUGAGCUAGCUGUGAAACUCUUGCAGAAACGUAUUGAAGUUAGGGUUGUCCGACGGAAAUUCAAGCACACGAUUGGAGAGGACCUUGUGGUAUGUCAGGUUGGCAUGCCUUCAUAUGAAUUUCCUCCGGCUCUGAAACCACCAGAAGAGCUGGUGGUGCUGGCUAAAGAUGCUUCUGGGCAGCCGAUUUUUAAUGCUUCCGCCAAACACUGGACCAAUUUUAUCCUUACGGAAAAUGCAAACGAUGCAAUUGGUAUCCUUAACAAUUCUGCCUCAUACAACAAAAUGUCUGUUGAAUACAAAUAUGAGAUGAUGCCAAAUCGUACAUGGCGUUGUCGAGUGUUUUUGCAAGACCACUGCUUAGCUGAAGGUUAUGGAACCAAAAAAACAAGUAAACAUGCAGCUGCUGAUGAGGCUUUGAAAAUCCUUCAAAAAACACAACCCACUUACCCAUCAGUCAAAAGUUCACAAUGCCAAACAGGCUCUUCACCCAGGGGAUCUGGAAAGAAGAAAGAUAUAAAGGAUCUCGUAGUUUACGAGAAUUCUUCGAAUCCUGUGUGCACGCUGAACGACACAGCUCAGUUUAACCGAAUGACAGUUGAAUAUGUGUAUGAAAGAAUGACAGGCCUCCGAUGGAAAUGUAAGGUAAUUCUAGAGAGUGAAGUAAUUGCAGAAGCAGUUGGAGUGAAGAAAACUGUCAAAUAUGAAGCUGCUGGGGAAGCUGUGAAAACCCUCAAAAAGACCCAGCCGACUGUCAUUAACAACUUGAAGAAAGGAGCUAUUGAAGAUGUGAUUUCAAGAAAUGAAAUUCAGGGCCGCUCAGCAGAGGAGGCUUAUAAACAACAAAUCAAAGAAGAUAACAUUGGAAAUCAGCUGCUGAGAAAGAUGGGUUGGACGGGUGGGGGUUUAGGUAAGUCUGGUGAGGGCAUUCGGGAGCCAAUCUCUGUCAAAGAGCAGCAUAAGCGGGAAGGGCUCGGUCUUGAUGUAGAGAGGGUAAAUAAAAUUGCCAAGAGAGAUAUUGAACAGAUCAUCAGAAACUAUGCCCGCUCCGAGAGCCACACGGAUUUAACUUUCUCUACAGAGCUGACUAAUGAUGAGCGGAAGCAAAUACAUCAGAUUGCCCAGAAGUAUGGUCUUAAGAGUAAGUCUCAUGGGGUCGGCCAUGAUAGGUACCUGGUGGUGGGUAGAAAAAGACGGAAGGAAGACUUACUAGAUCAGCUCAAACAGGAAGGCCAAGUGGGGCAUUAUGAGCUUGUGAUGCCUCAAGCAAAUUGAGACCUUACUAACUUGUUUUGUAAAUGCCCAAUGAGGCAGAUUGUGAAUUAAAGAAAUAAUACAUGUU